UUUAAACUUGGUCUUAUCAUGUACUUUAUGUGUGUGUUUCACAUAAUGUUACGUUGACACACACUAGGUCACUGAACUAGCGGCGCGUCACCUCCGCUCAAAUUGCGAACAAGAAAUCGGUGCUACCCGGCCACUCUGUAACAAACACUUGGACUUAUCUUAAUUUUUAAAUAUUGAGUAAGUGUUGCAUAAACAUAAUUUGGAGAUUGAUUUUUACAUUUUAUUAAUUGGACUAACAUUUUAUUGUUAUAAAUUUGAGGACGUUUAAAGAUGGCGAAGGGCGGACAAAGGCCGAUAUGUAUUGCAAUCACUGCAAUUUCUUUGAUUGCAUUAGUUUUGCUAGUGCUUACAAUAUAUUUUGCUGUUUCCAGACCAGACUGCGAAGAUACGCCUAUUAUGCCUAUAAGUAAGGAAUUCUACGCCAAAACGGGUGACGGGAAGGAUAUUUCAAUAUUCUCCUUGAAGAAUGACAAAGUUGAGGUGAGGAUAAUUGACUACGGAGGAAUCAUCACGAAUAUUUUUGCACCGGACAAGGACGGGAUACCAGAAGACAUCGUGCUUGGUUUUGACGCAUUUAAAGACGGCUAUGACAAAAAUCCUCCAUAUCUUGGAGCUCUAAUCGGUCGCUAUGCCAACCGUAUUGCCAAAGGUCAUUUCACAUUGGAUGGGGUCACAUACAACCUUACUGUCAACAAUGGUCCAAACGCCCUUCAUGGUGGCACAAGAGGUUUUGACAAGCGUCUGUGGACUUCAAGCAUUCAAGGAAAUCGACUUGUCCUUCAGUAUACAAGUUUAGACGGUGAAGAGCACUAUCCCGGGGAGGUCAAGGUCACGGUCACUUAUCAAUUAACCGACCAAAACGAGCUGAUUAUCAAUUAUAAUGCUACGACAAAGAAGAAAACAGUCAUUAAUUUAACAAACCAUGCAUAUUUUAAUCUGGCUGGGCAUGCAGCUGGAAGUUUGGACGGACACACAGUUCGUUUAGCGGCCGAAACAUAUACCCCAGUCGAUAACACUUCAAUUCCAACAGGGGUGAUUGAAAGUGUAACAGGGACAAUGUUCGACCUGACAUCAGAAACGAACCUGGUCGAUCGUAUACGCAAUGUACCAGGGGGUAUCGGGUUCGAUCACAAUUUUGUCUUUGAGAAACCAGGCUGGGAUAAGCAUGCUGCCAUGUUACGUCACUCGCCUAGUGGACGUCAGAUAGACAUGUACACAACAGAACCAGGAGUUCAGUUCUACACUGCAUUUUAUUUGAAUGAAACUAAAGCGAAGGGCGGAGCAACUUAUGGCAAGUGGGGUGCUUUCUGCCUGGAGGCACAACAUUAUCCGGAUAGUCCAAACCAGCCUUCAUUUCCUACAACUGUUCUUAGUCCCGGUGAAACCUACAGGCAGACGACAAAAUAUGUGUUCAGUGUUGCCAACACUUAAUGUGUACUGAAAAAUUGUCUAUAACUGUCUCUAAUUUUCAUAUACAUUUGCAUCUAUGCAUAAUUUCAUAAUUUACAUUUGAACAUUUCUUGUGCUAUCAUACACAUAUACAUUGUACAUCGAAUUUUGGUAUCUACAGAUUAGUUUUACGCAAAUAUGGCGCAAAUAUUUGAAUUUGUUUAAAUUGAAUUGAAUUGAAUUGAAUUAUGUGCUAUUUUUAAAAAUGUUGAUGUGAUGUUUGUUGAUCAAAUGUUGUAUUUAUGAAAUGUUGUAAAGCAGGGAAUCCGGUAUAUUGUGGGUAUGUUUACAUAUCAUGGAAUUGUUAUGUUUCUUAUUUAGCAUAACAAAUUUAGAAAUACAAUUGUACAAAAGAUAAUAAAAAAUUUUACA